AUGCCACCCACCAGCAAGUGCAACUUUACCAGGAAAGUCACAUUCAAACAUCACCAUGGCCCCCGCCCAUAUCUCACUGACCGUCGAGGAAUUGCCGCGAGCGCCGUCAUCGCCGCCGUCGCCCGCAUCCCGUGCGUCUCGGCUUUCAGCGCCCAUCAACUACCUCCUUCCCCGUCCCCUGGCCUCGCAGACGGGUUGAGUCGGCCCAGCGCCCUCGAAGAUGCCAAGGCAGAGAGCCGAUCGCUGCGCCAGCGGCUGGCCGCUGCCGACGAGGCGCUCGACGCCCGGGACCUGGAGCUCCAAGGCACGCGCGCUACGCUGCAGUGCCUGCGCGAGGCGCACGUUGAUGAGUAG